AUGACCGAAAAGCCCAAGCAGCCAUCGGCGGUCAACAUCCCUUCUCGCACCUCUUCGCACCAGCGAUCGACCGAGCUGAAUGCCGCUGCUCCUGCUGUGCCUGCGGCGCCCGAACCACCUCCAUCGCCAAGGCGAGGCUCAAAACGAAGUCUACUCAGCCGAAGCAGAAACAACAGCAGGAGUAGCAGAAGGUCAUUAAGAGCGGCUCGAGCGGCAGAGAGCAAGGACCCCGUGCCGCCUCUUCCCUCCAACAUCGCUACUAAGGCGGAGAAGAAAGCUCGCAACGGUUUCCUCGCAUUCUUGAACUGUUGCAGCCCGAGCGACUUUCCCGAUGAUGGAAAGUCAGAUGAUCCCGACGUUGCCGCGAAAAAGAUAAAAAUCCAAGCCCAGCCGCAAAGGACAUCCAGAACACAAGACCAGAAUGAAGUUGCGGAGACCGAGAAGGAUUUACCGGCAAAAUCGACGGAGAAUGACACGAACGUACAGGGCAAAGUUGCGAACGAAGAUCUAUCAGAGAAGAGGGCGCUUGAGAUAUCCUCAGACGAGCCUUACCAUGACAAAGUGACCGUUCCCAGUACGAGUGCAACGCUACCACCCGCGCCACUCUCGCAGCAAGAUAUAGCACCCCGAGGCGACGAAGAUCAAAUAAAAUCGACUACUGUCGCCGUGCCCGAGCCAUCAACAAAGCCGGAUGUGAAUGUCAUUUCCGCAACACCGACAGAGUCCGAGCAUCCUGCAGAAUCCCAACUACCCGAGGAGGAUGAGAAGACGUCGGGGGAUGUGGACAUGGUAGAUGCUCCUCCCGCAGUGCCGGAGGUAGAGGAAGAACCCCUCGACGAACCACCCCAACCAGCUGAACUCCAACCGCAAGUAUCACUACCUCCUCCACCUCCGCUGUCCAAACGACAUGAACAGGUUGUUGGGAAAGAAGUACCUCCUGUGCCGGACGCAUCCCCAGAGAAGCAAACAUGGCUUUUACCUCCCGUUGACACUAGGUUGAAAGGCCGAAAAUGUCUCAUCCUGGAUCUGGACGAGACGCUGGUACACAGCAGCUUCAAAAUUCUGAACCAGGCGGACUUCACUAUCCCGGUGGAAAUCGAGGGUCAGUAUCACAACGUCUAUGUCAUCAAGAGACCUGGAGUCGAUCAAUUCAUGAAAAGGGUUGGGGAGCUCUAUGAAGUUGUUGUCUUCACUGCCUCGGUUUCCAAGUAUGGUGAUCCAUUACUGGAUCAGUUGGAUAUCCACCACGUCGUCCACCACAGGUUAUUCAGAGAAAGCUGUUACAACCACCAAGGAAAUUAUGUCAAGGAUCUGUCACAAGUCGGACGAGAUCUGAAGGAGACGAUCAUCAUUGACAACUCACCUACGUCUUAUAUCUUCCAUCCACAACACGCCGUUCCGAUCAGCUCAUGGUUCUCCGAUGCACACGAUAACGAGCUGCUUGACCUCAUCCCAGUGCUGGAAGAUCUUGCAGGACCACAAGUACAGGACGUGAGCUUGGUAUUGGACGUGGCCUUAUAA